AUGGAUAGCUAUAAACAAUUUGAAAUCAGAGAGGGGCUCGUCUUCCUCAUUGAGCUCUCUGCAGCCAUAUUUCAACCUGUCGAACAGCUUAAUUAUAAGUCACAAUUUCAAGAGAUACUUUCCUCCAUCAAUGAAUUGAUAUCGGAGUUAAUAAUCACUUCUCAUAAUACUGGAGUUGGCAUAUACCUCUACAAUUGCACCACUACUUCGGAGAAGUUCAAGCAAGACUCUACUAUUUACAGUAUAUUCUCGUUGAAUGACUUAAACAGUAAAAACAUGAAAUAUCUUAACGAUUUAAUCGACGAUGAUUCAAAUGGUAUUAAGCUGCUUGAAAAACAUUUCACUCCAAAUGAUAAGCCCGUUGAGAGUAUACCAGUUGUUUUAAAUACAAUUUUGAACGAGUUUAACUCUAAAUCACAUUAUAAUAACAAAAAGUUGAUAUGGGUGACAAAUAACGAUAAUCCCUAUAACGACGAUAAUACAAAGAGAAGACUUUGGAAGAUUAUCAACGAUUAUGAUGAAUACCGGAUUAACAUCAGUCCGAUACUUCUCGAUAAGUUUAGUGGUGGGGAAGUUGAAAAAUUUGAUAUGACGAAGUUUCAGAAUAUAUUCCUAAAUAGUGGUGGAAUAAAGCAGGAGGACGAGGUCAAAGAUGAAGAAAAUGAUGACGAUAGUGAGGUAGAUAGCUUGACCAAAUAUAUCAAUGAGCAAGUACGUAAAGCAAAGGUAAAGCAAGCUACUUUAUCUACAAAAAUUAGAGCCAUGAUUUUAAGAUUGAGAGAGAUUAGAAGAGUCCAAUUCAAUUGCGAUCUUAUCUUGUCUGAUGGUGGGGAUGUUGGUGGAAAUUUAGGAUGCUCCAUUAAAGGCUACACUAUGUAUAACCAUGAAAAACCAAGAAGGUAUGAGUCAAUGUACAAUAAAGACGAGGAGUCGAAAUUGGUGCAUGUAAAGACAAGGUAUGUGAAUGAAAAUACGAACGAAGAAAUUAACAAAGACGAGAGGGUAGAUGAUAAUGAAGCUGAUGAUGAUGAAGGUCCUACUAUUGGAGACAACAUAAAAAAGGGCUAUCCAAUAGGAGAUCUGAAUGUGUUAUACGUAAAUGACAGGCAAUUGAAAUAUUUGAAAAAUUAUACUUUCGACCAUACUCCCAAUAAAAAGCUUAAAGAGUUAGAAGGAAGUGCUGAAGAAGCUGCUGAAAAAGCUGAAAUAGAGGAUGAAGAAGCUGAUGAUCUUCUAGAUGAGAAUGCCCAUAAAGUAACUCUAUCGAAGGCACCGUAUCUAAAACUACUAGGGUUCCGCAGAAUUAACCUAUUCAACCCAUUCUUCAACACUUCUAAUCCAAUAUUCAUCACUCCAGAUUUAAAUAACGGGCUCAGAAGUAGCUCAUUAGAGGGUGGCUUCCAGAAUUCCUUCACAACAUUCUCAUCUUUAUACCAAUCGUGUGUAUCUCUUAAACGAUUUGCAGUUGUAUUUGGGUGUUUGAAAAAAAAUGCAAUUCCAAGCUUGUAUUGUCUUUACCCAACUAGAGUCGAUAAUUCCACGAAGUAUUUUGGAGGGAAAAAUCAUCGUCUGUUUGUUGACGAUUUUCCCCAGGGAUUCUUCCUCAUUAGACUUCCCUGGAUUGAAGAUAUUAGAUCGUUGCCAGAGUAUGUUUUGCGUAAAAAUGGCCAAUAUCUAUAUAAUACUGAAAAAUCUAGUGAUAAGAAUUUCCAAGAUUUGGUGAAACAAUACAAAUAUAUUUUCAAUGAGUUUGGAUUGUUACAUUACCAACCAGUGGACUUCCCAAAUCCGUCGUUGAACUUCUUCUACAAAAUUUUAAGAAUGCAUUUACUUCAAAUUGAAGACGACGAGAUGGAGUCUGAGUCUGAAGCUGAGAAUGGAAUUCUUCAGUUGAUCGAGAAUGACUCUACAGUUAAGAAAUUGGUUGAUUUGCAUAACUACAUUUAUGAAGUUGAUAGUAAGCUGGAUGCAUCUAGAGCUGAUUUGAUUAAAAAUUUAAAUAGUUCGUUGAACAGCAUAUCUAAUUCUGAAUCCAUCAGUGAGCAACCAAAGGAUACCAAGAGAGCAAAGAUUGAAAUCGAAUUGACUGAUGCUGAUGUUGUUACGGCGUGGAAGAGUGAUGGUUGGCAAAACUUUAAUGUAUCACAGUUGAGAGGAUUCAUUUCCAGGCAUAAACAGAUUGCAAAGGCUACUAAAAGGGCUGACAUGAUUGAUAAUAUAAAGGCGUUCUUAGAGAACAAAUUUGGUAGCAUAAAAAAGUAA